UCACUAGCUUAGAUCACCCGCGGACUCCGCCUCCUUGACACCGGGGCUGCGCGGGGGCUUCUGGGACACGGAGCCGCAGGCUUACCUCUCGGGCCCACAACUGGUCAGUAGCGCUCCAACUGAUCAGAGGCCACAGUGGCUUCUGGGGAAGCGUGGACUUACUGGCCCGAGCAGGCCAAGUGUGAUCGGAGGUCCUGGCGGAGGCCGGUGGUCACUUUCCUGAGGUAGCCGUGUGGUGUCUCCGGCUGCUGCGGAGGGCGCCAGGGAGGAAGUAGAGAGCUUGCGGUCCUGCCUGUGCCCCAGUCACCAUGGGCACUGGAAGGAUGGCCACCCAGCAGCCGACCACAAAGACCCUGGGGUCAGUGGCAUUCAGGGAUGUGAUUGUGGACUUCACUCAGGAGGAGUGGCAGCAGCUGAAACCUGCACAGAAGGACCUGUACAGGGAUGUGAUGAUGGAGGUCUACUGGAACUUGAUCUCCCUGGACGUGGAGACUAGACCUGACACGAAGGAACUGGACCCACAGGAGGACAAUUGGGAAGACAGACCAUCUGUUGUGGUUGUUACAGAAGGACCCAUGAAGAAUGGUGCCCAGAGUUACCCCUGUGAAGGAGCAGGGACACAGGGUGACUGGGUGGGGAGACAACAGGAGAGUCCAGGAACCUGUCUGGGGAAUUUGGACAUAUCCCAAGCAUUAGCCCCUGAAUAUUGUGAGUUUAAGACAUUUGUCCACCAAAGCCCCACGUGGGCCACAAUGAUAUCAGAGGGACAUAGGGGAGCGGAGACACACCCAUUCACCGUGUGUGGGAAGGACUCAGGUACUUCAGUCCUCGUUCCUCUCUCCACCCUCAAUGCAGAGAAGAAGCCAUACGAGUGUGGGGAAUGUGGCAAGGCCUUCAGCUACAACUCAUCCCUGAGGAUGCAUCAGCGAAUCCACACUGGGGAGAAGCUCUUGUCAUGCCACACGUGUGGGAAGCAGUUCACCCAGCAGUCAUCCCUUACCGUCCACCAGCGUGUACACACCGGGGAGAAACCUUACACGUGUGGGGACUGUGGCAAGGCCUUCAUGCUGAAGGUGAACAUUAUCCAGCACCAGAGAACGCAUACCGGGGAGAAACCGUAUGUGUGCGGGGAGUGCGGCAAGGCCUUCAGGCUGAAGGCGCACAUCAUCUUACACCAAAGGACACACACUGGGGAGAAGCCAUUCACGUGUGGGGACUGUGGCAAGGCCUUCAGACAGAAAGGGAAUCUCAAAGAGCACCAGAGGAUGCACAAUGGGGAGAAGGCAUAUGUGUGUGGGGACUGUGGCAAGUCCUUUAGCCAAAAGACGUACAUCAUCCGGCACCAGAGGACUCAUACUGGGGAGAAGCCGUACCUGUGUGGGGACUGUGGCAAGUCCUUCAGCCGAAAGGAGACCCUCAGUGAACACCAGAGGACACACAAUGGAGAGAAGCUAUACACGUGUGAGUAUUGUGGAAAUGCCUUCAUUCAGAAAAGGCUCCUUAUCCAGCACCAGAGGACGCACACUGGCGAGAAGCCUUUCAUAUGUGGCACCUGCGGCAAGGCCUUUAGACAGAAAGGGAACCUCAAACAGCACCAGAGGAUGCACACUAGGGAGAAGCCAUAUGUGUGUGGGGACUGCGGUAAGGCCUUCAGCCGUAAGGAGACCCUCAGUGAACACCAGAGGACACACAAUGGAGAGAAGGCAUACAUGUGUGAGUAUUGUGGAAAGACCUUCCUCCUGAAAAAGCAACUUUUCCGGCACCAGAAGACACACACUGAGGAGAAACCGUUCAUGUGUGGCAACUGUGGCAAGGCCUUCAGACAGAAAGGGAACCUCAUCCUGCACCAGAGGAUGCACACUAGGGAGAAUCCAUACGUGUGUGGGGACUGUGGCAAGGCCUUCAGUCAGAACGAGUACCUCAUCCUGCACCAGAGUACUCACACUGAGGAGAAGCCAUACAUAUGCAGUCAGUGCGGCAAGGCCUUCAGACAGCACUUCUCCCUCAGGGUGCACCAGCGUGUGCACACUGGAGAGAAGCCCUACAAGUGCAGCCAGUGUGGCAAGGCCUUUAGCCAAAAGUCCUCGCUGAGGACACAUUGGCGCGUACACACUGGAGAGAAGCCCUAUAAGUGCAGCCAGUGCAGCAAGGCCUUCAGCAAAAACUGCUCUCUCAGGAAGCACAGGCACGUACACAUUGAGAAGUAGCCCUACCAAUGCUUCCUCUGCCAGAAGCAUUCCAUGACACACUUGUCCCUGCAGGAAAAUGUGACCAGCAACCUCUGAGGAGAACCUUUGUAAGAAUGGCUGGUGCGGCAAAGCCUUCAUCAGGAACUUCUUGCUUUCUGUCUACUGGAGGAUCCACAUGGGAGAGAAGCCCUGCCUGUGUGACAUGUGGGGGGAACCUUCACCAGGAACUUAAACCUCACCAGACACAUGGCAGGGAGGUGUGGAGCUCAGAAUCCACACCCGACAGGCAGGUCAGAAGCCCACGGGCAAGUGCCAGGCUUGAUAUUGGAGCCCACAUGGAGAACGCAAGAGAAGUCCUACUCAUAGUGGUAUUAGCAAUGUGGGUGCUGCGGAUAGGCCGUGCCAUGCUCACCAUUUGCAUCUGCAGUGCCAUGUGGAAAGUAAGCCCACCUACAAGUCUGGUACCUGGGAGUGUGUCCAGAGGCACUGUGGUUCCUGUCUGAGCAGGAGUGAGCUGACUCAUGACCUUGGACAUUGCAUUUAGUGUCUCCGGGUCUCACUCUUCUCCACAGUAAAGUGGAGGAGGCAGAGGAUGGAGGAAGACGGGGAGGUGAGCCCCAUGGGGACAUUGUCCCUUUGUGAAACACGCUCGGAUCUAGUCCAAAGAUGAGGUUACUGCCAUCUGUGUGUUUCCUUGCUUUCCUCACACACAGCCCUUAGUUUCCCUGCAAUGCCAGCUGGAAGGCCCCAAGCUCAUAAGUUGUGGAAGUUACCAGAUGGUUCAGGAGGAGGAAAAUAUUUUUUUCAGGAUUAGGAAGUAACAAUCUCUUCAGGUUCCUCCACAUUGGUCUUUAAAUUUUUCAAAAUAAAAGUUUUAAUUAAGUGAGACCAAUGUCAUUUUAAACAGUCAUUAGAUGUGCAAGUUGCAGGUACUGGUUGUCCUGUCCAAAUGAGUGUCAACACUUUGGGGGAGGGAGCACACAUACCCCACAGGAACGCCCAGAACCAAGCAAGCCUGCACCAGGCCACUUCCCUCUUGCAGUCUGGAUUCCUGGCUUGGGAAUGGUCACACCACGUCUAAUGCUUAUUAUUAGAAUGGUUUCCCUGGCGUUUUCUGGUCUCCCAUGACCAUUGAUAUUAGUAGCAGGAAAUUACAUCUCUCCCUCUCCCCACCACACACACACCUACACCAGCAGCACUAGGAGAUUCAUUGAUUUCUCAUCUCCUUUCCAUGGAUGCUUACUUACCCAAUAAACAUCCUCUCAUGGCAUGAAAUGUCAUCAGGGGAAUUUUCCUUUG